AUGACGGGGAUUUUCCCUUUCAAACGAUGGAUUCUGCCCCUGGUUUAUUUUCACACCUCGUUGAAAACCGUGUCUCGCUGCGCGCCGUGUGCGGACACUUCUGGCAGUCGUGAGCGGUGCGGGGGUGGGCGAGAGGUGUUCAUAAACCUGCCUGCCUUCCCGCACCCCCGGCCCUAUCCGGGAAGGGACCGUCCCGUCGGGGCUCCCGUGGCCUCGGAAGCGCAGACGGUACCGGGCGUCACUGCCCGUUUCGAGCUGAAUUCGCGAGGAAACAGGAUUUGCCCUGCACCGAUUCCCAGGAAGCCCCUGAAGCUGCGGGUUUCUGAUCAUAUCGCCUCUGUAAAAGCCCGCGUCUCCCAGGGCUCUACCUGGAUGAAAGCUCGCCAGACCCGGUGCCAAGCAGCAGCCACCGCAGCCACCACCGCAGCAGCAGCCACAGCAGCAACAGCCGCCACAGCAGCAACAGCCACCGCAACAGCCACCGCCGCAACAGCCGCCACCGCCGCAACAGCACCGCAGCAAACGCCGCAGCAGGCAGAGCAGCAGGCAGAGCCGCAGCCAGAGCCCCCUCCGGGGCCCUACGGAGAGGAGACGUGCCAUUUCCUCAAUGCCAUCUUUCUCUUCCUCUUCAGAGAGCUCAGGGACACGUCCCUGGUCAGGCACUGGGUCACCAAGAAGAUCAAGGUGGAGUUUGAGGAGCUCCUGCAGGCCAAGAUGACGGGGAAGGUGCUGGAGGGGCUCAGUCUCAGGGACGUGUCUCUCGGCAGCGUCCUGCCCGUCUUCAAGGCUGUCAGGCUCAUUCGGCCGGUGGUCUGUAACGAGGAGGGCUGCCCUGAGGAGCUCAUCUUCGAGGUGGACAUGGAGUACAACGGUGGCUUCCACUUGGCCAUUGAUGCUGACCUGGUCUUUGGCAAGUCGGCCUACCUCUUUGUCAAGAUCUCCAGCGUGACGGGGAGGCUGAGGCUGGUCUUCACACGCCUGCCCUACACCCACUGGUUCUUCUCCUUCAUGGAAGACCCUGUGAUCGCCUUUGAUGUGCAGUCUCAGUUUGAAGGGAGGCCCAUGCCUCAGCUCACUUCCAUCAUUGUCAACCAGUUCAAGAAAGUCAUCAAGCGCAAGCACACCUUACCCAAUUACAAAAUCAGGUUCAAGCCAUUUUUUCCAUUUGAAAUGUUUUCCCAUGAUGAAUUUGAAGAUCGAGACUUUUGUAUCCAGGAUAUUCUGUUGACAGAAGGUCGACUAAAAGUCACCUUACUGGAAUGUUCCAGGUUAUUAAUUUUUGGAUCCUAUGAUACAGAAGCAAAUGUUCAUUGCACAAUGGAGCUGAGCACUGAUGUUUGGGAAGAAAAAUCAAGAAGUGCUAUUAAAACGGCAGAACUAGUGAAAGGGAAUCUGCAAAGUGUCGGGCUCACGCUCCGCCUCGUGCAGUCUAAGGAAGAUGAUGCAGGACAUGUUGUCAUUGAAACUGUGGCUCCAAACUCACCUGCUGCAGCUGCUGAUCUACAGAGGGGGGACAGACUUCUUGCAAUUGGCAAUGUUAAAAUCACCUCGACUGUCCAAGUGUUGAAGCUUAUCAGACAGGCUGGGGACAGAGUUUUAGUCUUUUAUGAAAGGCCCGUUGGACAAAAUCAGCAGAGUUCAGCCCAGCAGGAUGGAUUGGGACAGUUGGAAGACACUGCUUUUGUGCCACAGCCAGAAGAUGAUCAAGCUGGUUUACCAGCUGAGGUUGACAACAGAGAUUUUGAUUCCGAAUUCGAGGAGUUAGCUUGUGAAUCAGCUGACCAAAAGGAAGAUCUGCCAGCAGCUCCCAGCCCCAGACGGUCAGUAACAAUACUUUCUAGUAAACCACUUGUACCUAUAUCUCCGAUUCUGAAUCGAAAACGGAAUGCGGGAAGUCAGCAGGCAACGUCAAAAGCGCAACAAAAAGAUGGAGCUAAAGUGGCAACACCCAGAACUAUUGAGAGUUUAGAUGUACCACAGCAAUCAGGUAAACAAUCAUCAGGAACCGGUACUAAGUCUCCUGUGCCAUCUAGGUCAUCAAGUAGGACUAGUUUUUGUAGUAUUGAAACUUUGAAUCUGUGGGAAACUGCAAGUAUAUCUUCUGAAAAAUCAGAAAGGCCUCCAUCUACAAAUAAUGGGGAUAAAUGUACAGAGAAAGUAGUAAAGAAUAGUGAUCAAAUAGAAGACCCAACAGUGUCAAAAGUAUUAACAGCACCAAAACAGGAUACAUUAAAAGAUGGAGUUUCAGAACAUACACGUAGUUCCAAAGACAGUGGAGAUGAUCAUCGAACAUGGGAAUCACCAGAAAUUCCUUAUAAAGUCCGGCAGGGCCGAUGGCCAAGGGGGAGGGCAUCUUCCUGUCUAUUUGAAAUAGAAGGACAGCAUAAGUACCUUAAUAUUGCACUGUGGUGCAGAGACCCUUUCAAAGCAGGUGGGUUUAUCUGCUUAGGAUAUGUAAACAUAAAACUUGAAGAAAUUGCUUUAGAUUGUCUAGCUACAUCCUCAAUGGAAUACUGUGUAACACACAGACUGAGUGCUCCUGCUCCUAAAGCAGCAGUCUCUAGAGCAGCAUUGCGGAAUUUGACAGCCCAUAAGGGAUUCAAUGAAAAAUUUUGUUAUGGUGAUAUAACUUUACACUUCAAGUAUUUGAAAGAAUGUGACACAGAAGAUUCGGUCUCUCUCGUGGAAAUAGACCGGGAAAGUCAGUUGGAAGAAGACGCUCAGUCACUUCCAAAAGAGGAGCCUUCCUUGGGACAGGCAGUUUUAAUGGAGAACAGGCAUAACUUUCAAGAUACACAGUUUCAGAAUCCAACUUGGUGUGAUUACUGCAAAAAGAAAGUAUGGACUAAAGCAGCUUCCCAGUGCUUGCUGUGUGCUUAUGUUUGCCAUAAAAAAUGUCAAGAAAAAUGUCUAGCUGAGAUGCCCUUUUGUGUAGGAGCUGAAAAGCGAGGGCAGGAAGCUCCCCAAGCUGCAGCCCCUCGUGUUGAUUCAGAGUCUAAAUCUGUUCACAGAACUGGCUUGACCAGGCAUUUCAUCAAUACAGGCACACGUUUCUUAAACCUUCGUCCAGUCCCCAAAGCUCGCAUCUCUGAGCCAGGAACAGAGGCGGUAGAACCUUCACCAAAGCACACACCAAACACUUCUGAUAACGAAAGUAGUGAUACUGAAAUCAGUGGGCCCAGCAGUCCUUCCAAACGUGCAUCAGGUACUGGGAUAAAGUUGGUCCGAAAGGAGUCUGGUCUAGAUGACAGUGUCUUCAUUGCUGUGAAAGAAAUUGGGCGUGACCUCUACAGAAGUUUACCCACAGAGGAACGUUUUCAGAAAUUGGAAUUUAUGUUGGAUAAGCUGCAGAAUGAGAUAGACCAGGAGCUGGAAAAUAAUAAUAUACUUGUGAAAGAAGAGAAAGAGACAACUGAUGCAAGGAGAAAAGCCUUGAUUUCCGCUGCACUGGUGAAGUCAGGUGAAAGACUGCAGGCCCUGACACUGCUGAUGAUCCACUACAAAGCAGGCAUUGAGGAUAUAGAGUCCUUGGAGAGCAUGUUACUAGAGCGUCAGUCUAGAAGAGGGACUAGAGAUUCAGAGGAAGCCAGUAUAGCAGAAGAAAUGGAUAACGAAGAUGUCAGUCUGACAGAGGCUCCAACAUUAGACAUCAUAUCGGAGGAACCAGCUGAUCCACCUCAAUCGGAAGACGGAUAUGGACACGUUUAG